CGGAAACAUGCGCCAUGCUGACGCACCCGAACAACACCGGUGCGGCUGGCGCGCAGGCCAAACCCCCGCGACGCGCGCGAGCGAACGCGAAGGACGGCGAAGGAAUCGUCCCGUCCGUCGGAAAGGCGGGGUUCCAGCUCAAGGCGGUCGGGACAAGGCCGAUUCGCAUGUCGCACGUGUCCUCGACGUCGCAUCACUCGCUCGCGAGCCUCGCGCACGCCAAGGAAGAAGACCACGCGGAGGAUGACAACGAGGAGCUCUCCCCCGAACGCGAGCAGCCGGACGCGAGCCUCGGGACGGUCGUCGCCGACGCCAGUCACCCCGACACGCGCGAGACCACGGAGACUCCGAACCUGGAACCGAACGAUUCGGACGCGUCGCGGCCCGUCCCCGCGGGGGAGUCGCAACGCGGCGGAAAUCAGUUAAUCCGGAUGAGCCCGCGCGCCGAGGAGCCCGACGCCGCGCUCGAGGUUCACGCGUCGCAUCGUGCUCCCCCCGAGCUCCCCCCGAGCUCCCCCGGCGGCACCAUCCGAUGCACCGUCGACAACUGCGGCGAGCCCUGCGUCUCCGUCUACUGCAGGCGGUACCACACGUGCCGCGAGCACAUCGGGGCUCUCCACGUCGUGAGGAACGGCGCGGAUGUGCGCUUCUGCCAGAGGUGCUCGAGUUUCCAACCCAUCUCGGACUUCGACGGCGACAGGCACACGUGCAGGGACGCGUUGCGCGCGUACAACUCGGCGCGACGCGAGGCGCGCAAGACGAACAAGUAUAAGCGAAAGGAAGCCGCCGCCGCGGCUGGCGACGCCGACGGGGCGCUUAAGCGAGGAGCAAAGGGCGCGAAGAAGACUCGCACGGAGCCCGCGCCGAGCUCGAAAAACGCGAACGAUGCGCCCGCGAACGCGGCGUUCGGCGUGGACAAUCGCGCGAUUGAGAUAUAUCGUGCCACCAUGAACGCGUUGCAGGCGACCCGAGCGGCUCCCGCCCCCGGCGCUCCGCCUCCGCCCGCGGCGACGAUGACGCAGCUCGACGCGAUGAGGAUGAUGGCGGCGUCGGCUGGGAACCAGGCCGCCGCUCUCACGGGUAACGGCGGCGACGGCGGCGCGCAGAUGCUCCGCAUGAUGCAAUUCAUGAACGCGGCAUGGCUGCAGUGGUGCGCGAACGUGAAGUCGCAAGGACCGUGACCAUUGUUUUUCGCCGGGCAGUCACCAAGGUGACCGGAUCGCGGCGAGAAGAGACGAACAUCCACCCCGCGGCGCCCCUCUUGAAAGUCGAGGCGGACGACGUACGCCGUGGCGGCGUGUAUUCAUUCAUCACCAUUCAUUCCGGAGGUCGACAAAAAUUCGGCCGCCGUAGAUUUGUGUGCAUUAGCCCUGUAUCCCCUAGAAGCAAGACCCUGUAGUGCUACGAUAUGUGUAUGUUU